AUGGGUUCCGAGGCCAUGGAGGAUUGUGUCCAGGGGGCGCUGUCCUCACUGUAUCCCCCCUUUGAAAGCACCGCCCCUCCACUUCUGUCUCAGGUAUUUUCUGUUCUGGAAUCCACCUACCAACACGACAGCCUGCGGUACCUCUUGGAUUACUUUGUUCCAGCCAAACAUCUUUUAAACAAGCUCCAGCAGCACGCCUGUUCUCAGUACAACGGCUGCCUGUUCGUGCACUCCGGAUGGCCUCUGUGUCUGGGCGAGAAGGUGGUGGUGCAGCUCUCCACUCUGGACUGGAGGCUCCUGCGCAGUAACGACUUCUACCUGCAGGUGGUGCCCUUCUCCACACGCUGCCCCCGUUUAGCCCUGAAGUGCCUGGCUCCUGGGGGCCGCACCGUGCAGGAGAUCCUGGUGCCCGAGUCGCAACAUCCACUGGUUUUCACCACAGAAUGGCUACACAGCAUCAACAAGGAGCGCGGGUACAAGCGGGAAGUUGGAGGUGGUCUGGACACAUGCCUGGUCAGCACUUGUGAUGGCGUUGCACGUUUGCCUUGGAAAGAGGUGGUUUACCCCAAAUUCAUCCACGACCCCACGGCUGAGCUCAUGUCCGACCACGAGGCCUCCCUGCCGAGCGAAGGGGAGUCCUGGUCCUGGGAUGAAGACGAGGCAGAUGAUCCAACGAGAGCCUUGGAUCUCCGCAGACAACGCAGUGAAGAUGGGCUGGGAAGGACAACACAACCCCCUCUUCUGGAUGGAGACUACGUGGAGCUUCUCGAGCCCAGAUUGGGACCAGACGGUGGGGUGGACAACCGGCAACGCUACCUGGAAAUGCACGCAAUCUGCAAGACCAAAACUCUACCACUGGUCCGUAGAGGCAAAGCGAUCAAGCUGAAGAAAGGCAAAGUGUAUGGAUCCGGAAGUUUUCGCACUACUGGAAGUUUUCGAAGGAGUAAAGAUGCUUCUACGUCAAAAGAAAACAUCGCUCCAAGACUCCCGCUGCGUCCCGUCGAACAGAAAAGCAAAACGUAUUCGUCUUCGGUGCAAGAUUCCGACGAAAGCGAUCGAACAAGCAAGAAUUCUGAAACUUUGGACGUGCUUAACUUUGAUGGGGUUUUUCGUGAAAGAAAACCAGGCGUUGGGAAAGAACGGGACAGCAACGGUAGCGCGAAUUUGGAAGGCGCAAUUACAGAAGUUGCAGCUAUUGGCAUCGAAAUGCAAUCGGAUCAGUCGGAUUCGGUUUUUGAAGAUGCAGACAAAGCCUUGAGCGGAGACAGUGAAGCUACGCCAACAGAAUUACGAUUUCCAACGCAAUACAUCCAAGCUUCAAGUCCAGAGUGCAAUAGUGAAAACGCCAAAGGAGGUGUAUGUACGCAGCCUGUUUUGAGCUCGGGUGAAGUAAAAGUUAUGGACCAAGAGGAGGAGGGGGGGAAAACAGGGGACAGAGUGUCUCCGCGAGGGAAGGAGGUCAAGGCGGCAGGAUUCAGAGCGCCAAGGAGGAAGAGACGAGGCAGAGGGGCUAAGGCUCGCGCUCGCUCUGCUGGUCGUGGACAAAAAGUCAGAGCUCAGGGUAGAGCCACUGCUCGCUCCAAUGUCAGUGACAAAAACAAUACAGAACAGAAAAAAGCUGCAGAGGAAGCAGAGGCUAUGACCACUGUCACCAACACCACUGAAGCUAACACUGAAGGGGCAAAAGAGUUGUGUAACGGCCACCAACCUGAAGUGUCCUUAUCGAACCACUGCACAGAAUCCGACACAGAACAAGUGACCGGUGUGACGUCUGCAGAGGCGCCGUCACUGCAGAAGCUGGAGCCAGAGCUGCUGCAGUCCGGGAAACUCAAGAUCACAGGCACCGUGGACAGACUGGGACGUGCACUGGUUUUCUCAGACACAGAUGCUUCAGAAGAGGCUUUCACUGAGGAGGACCUGUGCCGAGUUUUAGUCUGCUAUCACCGCAUCACCAGCCUGGCGGCCAGAGAAAAGGGUCUCACGCUCCUCAUAGACAGCAGAAACAGCCCCCCCUCCUCCCGCCUCUGCUCUGCUCUUAAACUCUUCCAGCGGUGGGUCCCUGAAGGUCUCGGCUCGGUCCUGGUCCUGGUGGACGAGCAGCAAGAAGGGAUUUCUCUGAGUCUGGAGCGAACUGAGGUGCACAUAGUGAAAGGAACAAGUGUCCUGCAGCAGUAUGUGGACAGACAGCAGCUGCUCCAGGAGCUGGACGGAGACUUCAUCCAUGACCACAAAGACUGGCUCUCGUUCAGACUGAGUCUGGAGAGUCUGACAGACAAAUGUGAAAGCGUGCUGCAGUUACUGGAUGAAGCCUUGCAGUCCAUAGAGACACAACCCAUGCCAAACAUCAUCCAGGAUGUUCCGCUGAGUAUCUCGCAGCACAGAGAACUCAUGUCCAGUGUUCUGGCCGAUCAGCGCCUCACAGAGCUGCAGCGGAGGGGCGGGGCCUGGCUCGCUGGACUGUCCAAUAGCACGACGGGAAUGGCCCAGAAGUCACCGGACUGCAGAUCUGCCCUGGCCUCGACCUCUAAACUCUACGACAGUGUGGAUGACGCUCUGCACCGUCUGGUCCAAGUGUCCAACCACAGAGCCACAGACCUGGACAAACUGGGACACCUCGCUGAGCUCGUGCACAAACUGGACAACUGUGAUGAGCAGAUCCUCCGGGUGCAGUCUCAGCUGGAGGAGUUCCGAGCACCUCCUCUGUCCCUGAGUCGACUCUCCCUUAAGCAGCAGAAGUUCAAGACCUUCAGGGAGGCGGCCAACGAGCUUCACAGUGAGACUCUGGCUGUGCUCAACGACCUGGAGACCUGGUCUGAACUGGACUGGACCGGACUGAACCAGGUCCAGAUCAAACUGCCCCCGGUGCGAGAGCGACUGAGGGACAUGGGCCACUGUCUGUCUGACUGCUGGAACACACUGGACAACACACAGAGGCUGCUGUCCACGCUCACAGAGGCCAGCCAAUGGUGCGACGCUGUAUCCUCCUCCUCCCCCGCUUCCACCUGCCCCCUCACCUCUCUACCUCCCAUCCCUCCCUCGCGCUUCCAGGAUGCCCGCUCCCUGGCUCUGGAGCUUGGCGGGGGGCAGCUGCUUGACCUCUGGACCCAGACCGUGGAGCGGUACCAGCGGACGGUCGCGCAAGUCAAGCCCCGGUUCCUCCAGUCCGAUCGGAACCAGAACCAGAGCCAGGGCAAAACUAAGACACACUCAACCAGCAGCGUGUUUGACUUGGACAGCGAGGGGGAGUGGGCCGGGGACGGGGGGAUGCAGUCCUGGGGGUCCUUGGCCUCACUGUUCAGACCGCAGAACUGCUCCACGCUCAAGAUCGCAGACGAGAACAGAGGCAGGAAGGAGGCGGGAGCAGUGGGACCAGUGGGAGGAGGUGGAGGAGGGAAAUUUCUGCAUAAUCUGCUUAACCCGGGCAAAAAGAGCCCCACAGAGUCUCCGCUGCCACAAAAACCCGUCCGGAGGCGUCACCCGAGCUUCGACCUGCAGGCGUUGCUGGCCCCGCGCCGCGCUGCUUCUCCUAAACCCCAGGAGGCGCCUGCGGGCGCCAGACACUCGCCCAUGACCUGGCUGGGCAGGAGGACAGUGGACUCGGUGGUGGCCACAGGGAUGGCGGCUGUGCCCGGCUGGAGCAGUGGGGGAGGAGGGGUGCUGAUCCGCGGGGUGGAGGUCAGCAGUAAAGAGGUGGUGGACCACACUGGGUCGCCACGGCAACAUGUGCUGCUGAAUCGAGCAGAGCGAGAGACAGGCACCACAGAGCGAGGGGGCAGCACGCCUCAGAGUAAGCUGUACCUGCUCUGGUGCCGCAUGCUGAGCUCCGAGCGGCAGUACGUGUCCGUGAUGAGGGGCGUGGAGGAGACCUAUCUGCCCCUGCUCAGUCUGUCCGACACUCCCGCCUCCAUCCGGGGCAAAGGAGACGCGCUCUUCCCCCUCUGGAGCACCCUCUGCAACUUCCACCAGCAACACCUCCUGCCGGCCAUGGAGGGCGCUCUCGUGCACAGCUUACUACAGCAGGACUGCUUCAGCAAAUAUCGGGAGCAGUUCAUGGACUAUUCCCAGUACAUCAGAUCCAAACCAGAGCUGGACUCUCCACUGGUCACUCAGGCAGCGGACUUCUUCAAGUCGAAGCUGCCCAUGGCCUCCCCGGCAUCUCCGCUCUCCUUCCCUCAAUGUCUGGAGGCUCCGGUGCAGCGUUUGGAGCAGUACUGCGCCGCCCUGGAGGAGCUGGGAGGGAUAAACCCCGCCACCGACUCCGCCCUCUCCGUCCUGAGACACGCCCAGCGCCACGGUGACGAUCUGCGGGCCAGUGACCUCAUCACGGGCUGCCCGAUGGCGGUGGCAGAGCGUGGCGAGCUGGUGCGUCAUGGUGUCUUGACCGUGUGUGGAGGAGCGCGCAGGAAGUGGAGUGGAGUCCGAGACGUGUUCCUCUAUCAGCACGCGCUCGUCUUCACCAAACUGAAGAGUCCUGCCCCGGGACGCAGCACCUACAGCUACAAGCACUGCAUCAAGACGGGGGAGAUGGGCCUGACCCAGAGCGUGGGGGAGGACGGGCUGAGGUUCGAGGUCUGGGUGCGAUCGUCGUCCCGCACUAAAGACUGUGUGACGCUUCAGGCUGCAGACCGAGAGACCAAAGAGACCUGGGCUCACGAUGUGGCCCAGCUGCUGUGGACGCACGCCAUCAACAACACCGAGUUGUGUCUGAAGGAGUCCCUGUGCAUGGGACUGUCCAGUAAACUGCUGCUGGACGCAACUGGGACCAACGAACUGGACACUGCGAGUACCAUCAGUGACAGAGUGCACAGUAGCUGCUCGGACUCCUCCUCCGUGGGCAGCGUGAAGGAGGGGGACAGCGGCAGAGACCCCCGCAGGAGCUCCGGGGGCAUGGGACACUCACAGUCUCCCUCCACAGCCGUAUAA